AUGGCUGUUUCCUUCUCCACCACCACCAUCAACGACCUCCCGGACGUCAUCCUCUCCAACAUAAUCGCCGCCGUCUCCGACGUCCGCGCCCGCAACGCCGCUUCUUUAGUCUCUCGGAAAUGGCUCCUAUUAGACCGAUCAACCCGCACCUCCCUCACCCUCCGCGGCAACGCUCGCGACCUCUUUAUGCUACCUUCCUGUUUCCGAUCCGUUACUCACCUUGACCUCUCCCUCCUUUCUCCAUGGGGUCAUCCUCUCCUCUCCUCCACCGCCGCCUCUUAUCCCGCCCUUUUCGCUCAGCUUCUCCGGCAGUCCUUCCCCAACGUUAAAUCACUCAUCAUCUACUCACGAAACCCCUCCGCUCUUGAGCUUUUAGCUCCUCAAUGGCCGUCACUUUCUCAGAUCAAGCUUGUCCGUUGGCACCAACGACCACCGCAACUACCUCCCGGCGCCGAUAUACUUCCGGUUUUCGAGAACUGUAGAGAUAUCAACUCUCUGGAUCUCUCAUGUUUCUAUUGCUGGACUGACGAUAUUCCUCCAGCCCUAAAAGCUCACCCUCAAACCGCGGCGAAGCUUACGUUUCUCAAUCUUCUUAAUCCGUCGUUCACUGAAGGAUUCAAAGCUCAAGAAGUUGAAGAAAUCUCUAAAGCUUGUCCUAAUUUGAAGAAAUUUUUAAUAGCUUGUAUGUUUGAUCCUAGAUACAUUGGAUUCGUCGGAGACGAAACACUACUUGCGAUCUCAAUCAACUGCCCGAAGCUAUCACUUCUUCAUCUCGCGGAUCCUUCAGCUUUGUUAAACGCUAGAGCUGAUCCAGACACACAAGGUUUCACUCCAGAAGAUGCGAGUAUCACAGUUGCCACCUUGAUCGAAAUGUUCUCCGGACUUCCAUUGCUGGAAGAGCUCACCUUCGAUAUUUCCAAUAACAUCAGAGACAGUGGCCCUGCUUUCGAGAUUUUGAACUCCAAGUGUCCUAAGUUAAGAUCUCUAAAGCUCGGAAACUUUCAUGGGAUUUCAAUGCCGAUUGAGUCAAAACUAGAUGGAAUCGCAUUGUGUCAACGUAUAGAAUCAUUAUCCAUUCGAAACGUAGCCGAUUUGACAGAUAUGGGGUUGAUCGCAAUCGCUAGAGGCUGUUCGAAUCUGGUGAAAUUCGAGGUUCAAGGAUGCAAGAACAUUACAGUAAGAGGAAUGCGAACUUUCGUCUCGUUGCUGAAUCGAACCUUAAUCGAUGUCAAGAUCUCGUGUUGUAAGAAUUUAGGCGCAGUUUCAUCAUUGAAAUCGUUAGAACCAAUCCAGGAUCGUAUCCGAAAGCUUCAUAUCGACUGUGUUACGGAAUCCAAUAUCGAUGACGAAUUGGGGAAUAACAACAGAAAAAAGCGCAAAUUCGAUUUCGAUCUGAAUGAUUCAAAGUCAAGCGAUUCAACGAACGAAACAUGGACAAAACUGGAACAUCUAUCUCUGUGGUUCUCGGUGGGGGAACUUCUGACUCCAUUUCUAUCAUCGGGUCUAGAAGAUUGUCCGAAUUUAAACGAGAUUUACAUCAAAGUGGAAGGCGACUGCAGGCAUUUCUCCAAACCAUCACAACGAGAAUUUGGAUUACAAUCCCUUUGUAUGUUCCCAAAUUUAUCAAAAAUGCAAUUGGAUUGCGGUGAAACAAUUGGGUAUGCACACACAGCACCAUCGGGGCAGAUGGAUUUGAGUUUAUGGGAACGGUUUUAUUUGUAUGGGAUCGGGGCAGUGAAUCUGGAGGAGCUUGACUACUGGCCACCACAAGAUCGGGAUGUUAACCAGAGGAGUUUGUCUUUGCCGGCUGCUGGGUUGCUUCAAGAAUGUGUUAUGUUGCGGAAAUUGUUUAUUCAUGGAACAGCUCAUGAGCAUUUUUUGAUGUUUCUUUUGAGGAUUCAGAGUUUGAGAGACGUGCAGUUGAGGGAGGAUUAUUAUCCUGCGCCUGAGAAUGAUAUGAGUACGGAGAUGAGGGCGGAUUCGUGUAGUCGGUUUGAGGAUGCGUUGAAUAGGAGACGAAUUGAGGACUGA